AUGGCGUUUAAUACAGUUAGUUGUGAGGACUUCUGGAAUAACAUGUUGAAAUUCAGUUGCCCAAAGAAGUUCAUCAGUAUUGCACAUCAUUUUCAUCAUGAAAACACCAAAUGGCUCUUCCGCCGCCUGCCCCCGGCAGCCAGCCCCGACCAUGACGUGAACGAGUACAGCAACAUGGAGGAGUUCUCCGAGGGCUCCAAGAUCAACGCGAGCAAGAACCAGCAGGACAACGGUAAGAUGUUUAUUGGGGGGCUGAGCUGGGACACGAGCAAGAAGGACCUGACCGAGUACCUGUCGCGCUUCGGGGAGGUGGUGGACUGCAGCAUCAAGACGGACCCCGUCACGGGCAGAUCGCGCGGCUUCGGCUUCGUGCUCUUCAAGGACGCCGCCAGCGUGGACAAGGCCCUGGAGCUCAAAGAACACAAGCUGGACGGCAAGUUGAUAGACCCCAAGAGGGCCAAAGCUCUGAAGGGGAAGGAGCCCCCCAAAAAGGUGUUUGUCGGCGGCCUGAGCCCGGACACGUCCGAGGAGCAAAUCAAGGAGUAUUUCGGAGCCUUCGGAGAGAUCGAGAACAUCGAGCUUCCCACGGACACCAAGACGAACGAGAGAAGAGGGUUUUGUUUUAUCACCUACACAGACGAGGAGCCGGUAAAGAAACUGCUAGAGAACAGAUACCACCAGAUCGGCUCCGGGAAGUGUGAGAUCAAAGUUGCCCAGCCCAAAGAGGUACACAGGCAGCCGCAGCAGCAGCAGAAAGGAGGGAGGGGCGCUGCGGCUGGCGGACGAGGUGGGACUAGGGGGCAUGGCCGAGGUCAACAAAGCACUUAUGGCAAAGCAUCCCGAGGGGGUGGUAAUCACCAAAACAAUGACCAGCCAUAUUAAAGGAGGACACAGAGAAAACAGGUGCAGUUGUUACAACAGCCUAUCUUGCAGGAUGACGACAUUGAAUGGAGAAUGGUCUUCUAUUGAUCUGAGAUGACUAUUUUGUAAAAGACUUUUAGUGUACAUGACACAACUGUGUCCAAUUGUAUAUAGCUCCGAUUUAGUUUUCUUGUUUUUGCUU